AUGGAGGCGCCUGAAUUGAUCGACCAGAUCGUGGCGACGGGCACCGCUAUCCGCGAGCUCAAGGCAGCAAAAGACGCUCGUAAUGCUGAUCAGAUUGCAGUGCAAGUGCGAGAGUUGCUGGCGCUCAAGACGCAGUACAAGACGCUGACAGGUACCGACUAUGCGCCGCCGGCGAUGCCCAAGAAAGUCAAGACGAGCGCUGUGCCGGCAGUAGACGGGGCGAUCAAGUCAAAGAGUCAGAUGAAGAAGGAGAAGAAGUUGGCGGAACAGGCAGCCAAGAAGGCGGCUGGGAGCGCUGCUAAGACCCCUAAGCUCAAGCAGAAGAACGCCAAGGCUUCGGAAAGUGCCAAGCCAGUGGAGAGUGCAGCUGUGCCCUCGGACGCUGAUCUGCUGGUUCGACAGAUGGAGUUUCAGUAUCAAGUGCUGAGCUCUGGUGCAGCUGGUAAUGCCCAGGUAGUGACGCCGUGGGACGUGGAAGCCGAGGACGGAGUGGAUUACGACAAGCUGGUGGAACAGUUUGGCAGUACGAAGAUCCCGUCGGAAAUGGUGGAAAGAAUUGAGAGAUUGACGGGCCACAAAGCUCACCGCUACUUGCGUCGUGGCUACUUUUUCUCGCAUCGGGACUUGGAUGUGAUCCUUGACGCCUAUGAGAAGGGCGAAAAGUUUUUCUUGUACACUGGUCGUGGUCCGUCUUCGGGUAGCCUGCACAUGGGACACCUCAUUCCGUUCACGUUUACAGCUUGGUUGCAGAAAGUGUUUGACGUGCCUCUUGUGAUUCAACUCACGAAUGACGAGAAGUUUUUAUUCAAGGACCAGACGCUUGAGGAGAGUGAGGUCAUGGCCUGGGAGAAUGCCAAGGACAUUAUCGCCUGCGGUUUUGAUGUAAAGAAGACGUUUAUGUUUGCCAACACCGACUACAUCAAGGAGAUGUACCCUCAGAUUCUUAAAGUGCAGAAGUGUGUCACAUACAACCAAGUGCGCGGCAUCUUUGGCUUUUCUGGGUCCGACAACAUUGGCAAGUCGGCAUUUCCAGCUAUUCAGGCCGUACCGUCUUUUUCAGAAACGUUUCCCGUGGUACUCGGUGGGCGCAAAGGGCUGCGCUGUCUCAUUCCGCACGCCAUUGACCAGGACCCUUACUUCCGUAUGACGCGUGAUGUAGCCCCACGCAUCGGCUACCUCAAGCCUGCCUCUGUACACUCCAAGUUUUUUCCAGCUCUUCAGGGUAGCAGCACAAAGAUGAGCGCGAGCAAGGCAAGCACCACCAUUUACAUAUCGGACUCACCAGACGACAUUGCCAACAAGAUCAAGAAGUAUGCCGUCAGUGGCGGAGGUGAGACGAAGGCUGAUCAUGAGAAAUAUGGUGCCAACCUGGAGGCCGAUAUUCCGUACCAAUAUCUGUCGUUCAUGCUGGAGGAUGACGAAGAGCUUGAGCGUAUUGGCCGCGAGUAUAGCGCAGGUCGUAUGAUGUCAGGCGAGGUGAAACAGAGACUGAUCGACGUCAUGGCUGAGUAUACGCUGGACUUUCAAAAGCGCCGUGCUGCCAUUACGAAUGAGCUGGUUGCCGAGUUUAUGAGUGUGCGGCCCUUAGAUUUUUAG